GACUCGGAGGAGAACUCCCUCCGUCUCAGGCAGCUCACCAGUCACAACAGCAGUCGCCCGCCCCUUCCAGCCUCCAUCGGCUAGCGCUCGUCCGCCCGGCCCCUUCCUCCGCACCUCGCCGCCGGCCGCUGCCGCACCAACGGUCGCCCCUUCCUUCGCGGCCCCAUCGCAUCGCACCCAGUUCAGUUGGCCUCAACAGGCUAGCUCCGCAUCGUGCUCGCGCCCCACCAAAUGGGCGCUCCGGGCCGCGACCUCACCGCACUCCUAUCUAUCCGCCGCAGCGGCAGCCGCCUGUUCAAGCGGUAGGCACACCUCUUUCGCCUCGCAGUGGCUGGUGGUAGGUGGUGUCGGUGGGAGAACGGAGGCGGAGGGUGAGGGGAGGUGGGGGGACAAACUCUGAAACUCGGGGUGAAGCGCAUCAGCGGGCAUGUUUGGGUCGGGGCUGAACCUAGUCAGCGCGGCGCUCGGCUUCGGCAUGACCGCGGCCUUCGCUGCGUUCGUCUGUGUGAGGUUCAUCUGCUGCCGCGAACGACGCGGUGACACCCGUGCGUCGCCAUCGCCGGACCUCGUCGCGGAACUCGAUGGCUCGAUAGAGCACACUCGUACUGGGUUGGAACCUUUGGUUAUUGCUGCAAUUCCUACUAUGAUGUAUAAUUGUGAGGCUUUCAGCUCUAAAGACGAUGUCCAGUGCUCAAUAUGUUUAGGCGAAUACAGGGAGAAAGAGAUUCUACGAAUCAUACCAACAUGCCGCCACAACUUUCACCUUGCUUGCUUAGAUUUAUGGUUGCAAAAGCAGACGACUUGCCCAAUAUGCCGGGUCUCACUGAAAGAGCUGCAGGCUGCCAUGCCAUCGGCACGUAGUGGCCCUCAACUCCCGGCGGAUCCAGAGAAUUCUGAUAACCCAGCACCUCAGUGUUUCCUACCUGCUCGUCAAGAUCGCAGAGGUCAAAAUCAUAGCCACGAGGCACGCGGAUCAGUAGAAGUGGUUAUUGAAAUUCGACGGUGAAUAGACAUUUGACAUGACUAUAGAAAGCGAAGUGACAGAGGCAAAUGUGGAACAUUUCCUGUAUCUAGCAUCGGCAUUUUCUGCAGGGCUGUUGAUAAUCAAUUAAUCAUGUCACCCGCAGCAUUGUCACGGUAUCAUGAUGUUUGAUCUCCCAAAUCCUUUCUAGAUGAAAAAGUGUACGUACGUUUCGCGUAGUAGGUCAUCAUGUUAUAUUAUUGAAUUGAUCAAUCUGUGGCCUUUGAGUUCAUUUUGAUGUGACGAUGAAUGUUGUAACUUGUAAAUAUUAUUGGUGUCAAUACUGAAUCUUCUAUAGCCAAAGAGCUGCACAAAUA